GAGUCUGGUAGUCCUGCUGUGGAUGUUACAUAGCCUCUUCCUUGGGGGGAGUGGGACAAACAGUCCAUAAGCAGUGUGGGCCGGAUCCUUCAAGGUAUCGCUGACCCUUUUCCAGCACCUUUCUACGUAUAUGUCCUUGUUGUCCUCGAAGUUCUUCCUGCCGUGAAGCUGGUGGGCAAAGGGUGCGAUCAGAGUUGACCCUGUGCUGUGGUGUGGAAGUUCCUGCUGUGACCCAGCGAUGGUGGUGACGAUGCAUCAUUCCCGAUAUCAGACAGACUGAGGCAGGGAAAAACCUCACUGGAGCCCUAUUGUCUCUCACUUCCCAAACACUGAUUUUCUGUAGGAGCCACGGGACGGUCAGGAACCCUGGCUGAACAUGGGCCUUUCCUACCCUGUGUAGCUCAGCUAGUUGCUGAAUAGUACAAGCAGCGAGUGAAGGCGCCUCCUGUGAUUUCCAAUUGUAAUGUUAUUCCAUGUAGUUUAUACGAAUUGGCUCUUGAAUGACGAAUUCAGUGUGGGGCGAUACUUACAUCCUUACACACUGAAGGUUUCCAGCCACACAAUUAAACAGGAGGAGGAGAGUUCCAGCUGCGAGGAUCGUUUACAGGCAGACACAUAUGGAGAUUCUUCAGAAUCCGAAUCUGAAGAUGUUACUAGACCAACCAAAGGUUCAGUUAACAAUUCUGAAAUUAUUCACUCUAUGCAGAAUGAAUCAGCAAGAUAUUAUCUGACUAGUUCCAUUACCACGGUGGUCAUCCCAGUUAUCUCAAGCAUCAUCGUGAUCAUUGGACUCCCGGCCAAUGGGCUGGCCCUUUUGGUUCUGGCCACCAAGGUGCGACGAGUGCCUUCCACCAUCUUCCUGAUGAACCUGGCGACAGCCGACCUUCUCCUGAUUCUGGUGCUCCCGUUCAAGAUCCACUAUCACUUCCAGGGCAACAACUGGAUCUUCGGCGAAGCCCUGUGCCGGACGAUGACGGCCUUCUUCUACGGGAACAUGUACUGCUCCAUCCUGCUCCUCACCUUCAUCAGCGUCGACCGAUACUUUGCUCUGGUCCACCCAUUCUACUCCAGACGCUUCAGGGACAAUAGGUCCGCUGUGGCCAUCUGCUCGAUCUUAUGGACCAUUGUUGCCUUCUCUGUGCUACCUUUUCUCCUCCAGAGGCAGGUUUAUCCAAUCCAGGACCUAAACAUCAAAGCCUGCCAUGAUGCUUUGCCAGAAAGCAUGAACUCUGGUUAUUUCUUCUAUUACUUUGUGUGCUUGGUUGUAGUUGAAUUUCUUAUUCCUUGUCUAGUUACAGUAUUUUGUUAUGUAUCUGUCAUCAAAACACUGAUGAGCAACGAUCGCAAAUAUGUUAAAGCUGUAAGGGCCAUAAUUUUAACACUGAUAAUAUACGUGGUGUGUUUUACUCCCAGUAAGAUCAUCCUGCUCAUUCAUUACUCAGAGUAUCAUCUCAUGCACUCCAGUGGCCUCUAUUUAUAUUAUAUAAUCUUCCUGGAGCUCAGUACUCUCAAUAAUUGCAUCGACCCCUUCAUCUUUUACUACUUCUCUGUUGAGUUUCGGGGCAAAGUGGAACGGUCAGUCCUAUUUUUCAAAAAAAAGCCAAAGAUAAAGGAAAAGUCUGGGAAGAAGCUUUCUCAGCCCAAGAUCACGUCGGGAGUCAGAGUGAGCACACCAUUGGUCCAGAGCAAAACCAGCUGAACUGCCAUAGUGAACUAGACAACUCGCAUCAGGUGUGGCAACAUUAAGAUCAGUGGUUGUUAUGAAUCAUGCUGCUUUCCCUUUUGGAAAUAAAGAACAAUCCAACAAGACUCUAAGUACAGUUGUAUAUGAGAUUUAACCACAUAGGUCUUUUCACUUUACUUUAGGCUAUAUCGUUCUUAAAUCCUCUUCCCACCCCACAACACAUUAUGUCAUGUUUUUAUGAUUAGUAACAUAAUUGGGGAAUAGACAUUGCACAAUAUAACAACUAUGCCAAUUCCGUUUACUACAUUUUAAUUUGGCCAUUUUAUCUUCUCAUUUGGCCGACAGACAAGGACAACCGUUCCUCCUACAAUAAUCUUUCCUCGUUAAAUCACUGGCGGAAAAUAUUACAAGAAAUCAGCACGUUGAUCUCUUUCCCCACUUACGAUUAGGCUGAGUCCAGCUCUGGUGAAGGUAAAACAUUUUAACACACCGCUUUUGGGAAAAUUCAUAUCCCUGCCAGACUAUAUUCUAUGCUGCUGAAUCAUGUCCAAACAUUCUGGAGGACCCUCACUAUCCACUUGCUGACAGCAAGAUGACUGAAAGUUAUCGGCCAGGUAGAUGGGUGUAAAAAGGCACCCAAAAUUCAGCUUUGGGAAAGGAGAAAGUGAGCUGAUAAAACGGCACUGGGGACACUGCAAACCAUAAACAGGAGAAAGCCUGCAGUUGCUGGAAAUCCAGAGUAACACACACAAAAUGCUAGAGGAACUCAGUAGGUCAGGCAGUAUCAACAGUCGACCCCUGGGGCCUAAAGAGAGGUCUUGAGAAAUGAAGGGUCUUCACUUCCACAGAUGCUGCCUGACCUGCCAAGUUCCUCCAGCAUCUUGUUUGUGUUGCUUGGGGACACGUGAGUUUGGUCAAAAGUUCAGACUUCAUAGUUCAAAUGUCACUAUUUACAACCCUGAGAUUAAUUUUCUUGGAGGAAUUCACAGUAAAUGCAAAAAAACACAGUAGACUCAGUGAAAAAACACAUACAAGAAGAACAAACAACCAAUGUUCCAUCACAGAACCAUCACAAAAUGAUGGUGAUGAUAAUAAUAAUAAAUAAACAAGCAAUAAAUAUUGAAAGCAUGAGAUGAAGAGUCAUUUAAAGUGAGUCCAUAGGUUGUGGGAUUAGUGUUGAGGUGGCUAAAGUUGAGUGAAGUUAUCCCCUGUGGUUCAGGAGCCUGAUGGUUGAAGGGUAAUAACCAUUCCUGAACCUGGUGGUGUGGGUCUUAAGGCUCCUGGAUCUUCUUCCCGAUGGCCACAGCAAGAAGAGAGCAUGACCUGGAUAGUGGGAUCCUUGACGAUGAACACUGUCUUCCUGUCACAGUUCUCCAGGUAGAUGUCCUCAGUGGCGGGGAGGGCUUUACCAGUGAUGGACAGGGCUGUAUCCAUCUUUGUACCAUUUGUGGGAGUAUGGUGGCAAGCUUACGCCGUGGGCCAGUCUGUGAUCCCUAUGUAGUCUGUGUGGAUCACAACCAAGCUGUAGCACAAUUUUAUGGGUACUUUUUUUUCAGUCAAAACACUUGACAAGCUCUGGAAUAAAAUCAGAAAAUGGUGGAAAUACUCAGCAGGGUCAGGCUGCAUCUGUGUGAAGAGAAACAGAGUUAACACUCAGGUCAAGGACUUUGACAGAACUAGGAAAAGCACAAAAGAAACAUGCAGGGAAGAUGAGGAGGGGGAAUAGGCCAAGACCAGAGACCAUGGAAUUAAAUGAGGACAUCUCGCCAAUGAAUGAAUGGGACCAGUUAAAGAGGGAGAAACAUAGACAAAAGAAUGAAACAUUGAACAAUCUGCUGGAGGAACUGUGUAUCUGAUGGCAAAGGGACAGCAGAUACUAGAACCUAGAACAAAUGCUGGGAGACUCAACGGGUCUGAAUCAGAAUCAAGUUUAUUGUCACUGACACCAGUUGUGAAGUAUGUUGUUUUGUGACAGCGGUGCGGUGCAGGAAGAAUAAAUUACUAUUAGUUACAAUAAAGGAAUAGUGCAAUAGAGGAAAUGUUCAUGGGUUCAUGAACAUUUCAGAAAUCUGAUGGUAGAGGAGAAGAAGCUGUUCCUAAAACAUGGAGUGUGAGUCCUCAGGCUCCUGGACCUCUUCCCAAAUGAUAAUAGGAAGAGGACAUGUCCCAGAUGGUGAAGGUUCUUAAAGAUGGAUGCCUUUUGAAGAUGUUCUGAGUGGUGAUGGAGCUGGCUGAGUCUACAAUGCUCUGAAGUCUCUUACACUAAUGCAUCGGCACCUCCAUAUCAGACAAUGACACAGCCAGUCAGAGUACUCUCCACUAUACAUCUGCAGAAAUUCGCUAGCGUCAAGACUCCUCAAACUCCGAAUGAAGUACAGACUCUGGCCUGCCUCCUUCAUGAUUGCAUCAAUACAAAAGGCGUAUGUCAACGUUUCAAGUCAAGAGCCUGUGUCAAGAGUCCGUAACAGUCAAAAAAAUGGAAGUGUUGCAAAAUGCAGUGCAAGAGGACAUGGUAUGUGUGGCUUUUCCUUCACUACUAGAAAGAAAAAGAAAGGAUUAAAGGAAAAACAAAAACAAGUUAAGUUAAUAACACAGAUUGCUAAUAGAUAUAGACAGAGAAAUCAAGUUACACAAAGUUGUAGAAUUCAGUAUUAGAUCCAAAAAGGCUUGAUUCCCAGAUAAUCUUAACUCAU